UCCAAUAAAGACAGCGACCAAGACUUGAGGUUAUCGUAAUAUUCAGUCUAACGUAGUAACUACGCAAAUUAAAGGGAGUGGAAGUAUCGCAUGGUCUACGGUAGAAACAUCCCAUCAGCAGUGGACAGCUUGCAAUAUAGUCCACAAAUGUAAUUGGUAGAAUCAUGGACCAGUUUAAUUUUUUCCAUCCACUUGCACAAACAAAUUGAUGUAUGGCAAUUGAAUCUGUGGCCUCUUUCUUGCAUAAUCCAACGCGCAAAAUGAAAAACCAGUAAAACCUUGCACAAAUAUUCAAGAAUUUCACUAUACAGACACUGGACUCACAGAUUGGUCAAUACUUGCGAAAUAAAUAAGGAAGGCAAAGACAAUCAACCAUUUGUGUCUGAAGCUUGGAAUUCAUUUCACCAAAACAUGAAAUAUACAGUUUUCUUGACAUCUUUAGAUAUUUGUAUAUUCUGUCUUAUCCUUUUAUCAAGAAAAUCUUCUGCUACUGAUUUUCGGCACGAUGCAUGCGUGCCCAGUAAUUGUGGCAAUGGCCCAAACAUUACAUUUCCAUUCUAUAUUGAAGGUAUGCAAGAAUCCUACUGCGGUUACCCCGGAUUCCAUCUCAAUUGCGGCAAACAUGGCUAUCCAACGAUUAGUUUACCCGAAAAUGACUAUAUAGUUGAAAACAUUUCCUAUCCUAGUCGUUCUUUUCGUGUUUAUAAUGCUGCUGUUUUGAGUAAUUUAGAAGGCAGAUGCCUUCCACAAAUCAGAAACACGACACUUCCUGUUAGAGAGUUUCAGUAUGUUAAUGUAACAAAUCUUUAUUUGUUGUCCAAUUGUAUAGAACCGUUGCCUAAGGAUCUUUCGCCAUACAAGGUUGACUGUCAGGGUGAGAAUAGAGAUAAUUUGGAUUUAGCAAUUUGGGAUAUGGAUGAAAAUUUGCAGAAUGGAUUGGAAAAUUGCGAAAAAAAUGUGGUGGCGCCGGUGGAAGUGCAGGGAGAUGAAGAGAGGAUUGUAGUGGGAGAGUACGAGGAGAUUUUGAGAAGAGGGUUUGAACUGAAUUGGAAAGCCAGUGACUGCAGUACAUGUCAGAGAGAUGGCGGCCGUUGUGGCUUUAACACCGCUACAAACAGUUUCAGGUGCUUCUGCCCUGACGGACCCCAUCGCCAGAGUUGCGGAAUUGCAGAUUCAGGAAGAAGAAAAUUGAAAUUGAUUUUGAUUGCAGUUGUUUUAGUUGCACCGACAGUCCUCUUCUUCAUAAUCUUGUUCGCUUUCAACAAGAGGAAGUACAUGCUGUAUUUGAAGGAAAAGAUGCAAAACGAUAAGGACAUUGACCUCUUCCUAAAGAACAAUGAGAUUCUUGCAACAAGAAGAUACAACUACUUUGAUAUUAAGAAAAUGACUAACUCAUUUAGAGACAACUUAGGGGAAGGGGGCUUUGCUAGGGUGUAUAGAGGAAAGUUAUCCGAUGGUCGUCUUGUAGCAGUAAAGAUUUUGAAAGAAUCCAAAGGCUUCGGAGAAGAAUUUAUCAAUGAGGUUGCAAGUAUCAGUAGAACUUCCCACAUUAACAUUGUCACUCUCUUGGGAUUUUGCUUUGAGGGUUCCAAAAGAGCUCUCAUUUACGAGUUCAUGCCCAAUGGAUCUCUUGAGAAGUUCAUAUUCUCCAGAGCAGAAUGUCAGUUAGGAUGGGAGCAAUUGUUUCAAAUCGCACUAGGCAUUGCUCAUGGAAUAGAAUACUUGCACCAAGGAUGUAAUACACGGAUUUUACACUUUGACAUAAAGCCUCAUAACAUUCUGUUAGAUAAAGACUUCAAUCCUAAAAUAUCAGAUUUUGGCCUAGCAAGACUUUGUCCUAACAGGUCUAGUAUAGUGUCAAUGCCAGGGGCCAGAGGGACAAUAGGGUAUAUAGCUCCAGAAAUAGUUUGUAGAAACUUUGGAAAUGUUUCUUACAAGUCAGAUGUCUAUAGCUAUGGUAUGAUGAUUUUGGAAAUGGCUGGAGAGACGAAAAAUAUCAAAGUCGGAAUUGAUCAUUCAAGUGAAAAUUACUUUCCUGAUUGGAUAUAUAAGAACCUUGAACAGAGUGUCAAACUUGAUCUGAACAUCAUUGUGAAUGCAAAUGAACAUUUGAGGAUAAGGAAAAUGUUAGUAGUUGGAUUGUGGUGCAUACAUACUGAUCCUACAGCUAGACCUUCAAUGAGCAGGGUUAUAGAAAUGUUGGAAGGGAAUAUAGAAUCUCUGCAAAUCCCACCUAAACCCAACUUUUUUUUACAGCCAAGAGAAGCAUUAAAUCCUUCAAUUUCUAAGGUAGCACUCACCUUAUCUGAAGUUCAUGGAGUUUAGCUAUGACCUCAUUAAAACUUCGAGGGAUCCUCGUGGUGAUUGGAGGCUCCUGGUGACCGCAGAAGCAAUUAUCUUGAUUGGUUGUGCUAUAGCAAUUUGUAUGUUGUUAAUACUAAUGUUGAAUCUGUCUCAAUGUUAAAUUUCACAUUUGAGUAAAAACAAAGUAAUUAAAGAAAUUCAACUACCCUUUAGUUUGUCUA